ACAGCUCAGAUUUCAGCAUUCAAUUUCAUUUCAUUUUCCAGUAGCAGAAGCAGAUUGGAGAUCAGUCAGUAUCAGUGUUGAGUGUAUCAGUAGUGUUGAAGUGUUUGAGUAGAGUGUGGUUAGCUGUUUGGUUUGAAUACCUGAGCGUUUGUUUGCUGUUGCACUGAUCUUCAAUUUAUUAUAAUUUUUCCCGAAGUAUUCGCUCAUUGCUUGAGUUGAUACUUGAAUCUAUGAUUAGAGUUGAUAUCAAGGAAAGUCUAAGUUAAUUAUUUUAUUUAGAUUUAGUUUUCUAAAAAUAUCAACAAAAUGCUCAAUUACGUUGUUCAUUUGGUCGGCGCGUGUCUAUUCUCUUUUGGGGUAUUUUAUGAUUAUACUUACGUUAUAGUUCCUACAACAGUGGUCCCAAUUAUGUCGGCCUACGGUGGAAAAUUUAAAUUUUUAACCUUUUGGGAUGCGAUCCUACAAGCAUUAUACUUCAUAUUCUGCAUAGUGAUAGACGUUGCUGGUUGGGAGCGACAGAAGGGGGGCAGUAGUUUUUGGGUCUGUGCGCUCAGAGAUUAUAUUUUCACAGUGUUUGCCUUUCCGGUUGCCUUGUUUGUUAGUGCAACAUUUUGGGGACUGUAUGCAGUAGACAGAGAGCUAGUUCUUCCUAAGGUUCUGGAUCCAUACUUUCCAGUAUGGCUGAAUCAUGUCAUGCAUACAUUUAUCACCGUAUUUGCAAUUCUGGAGAUGCUCACUUCUUACAGGGCAUAUACCACCAAGACAAAGGGUUUGAUCGGCCUGCUUCUCUUCCAGUUGACCUAUUUGUCAUGGAUGCAUUUCGUCUAUUAUAAGAGUGGACUAUGGGUGUACAAUGUGUUCAACGUCCUUAACAUUCCGCAAAGGAUAGCCUUCCUCGUAGUCUCCAUUUUGACUGGUUUCUUUUUCUACUUUGUCGGUGAAAACCUUAACUCUAUGAUCUGGCCUAAUGAGGAAAGCCACGGAACUCUUCGCCAGCUCUUGUCAUCACAGUGGCAGAACAUUUAAGAGCUGUUCCCUAUUAGUCUACUAUUCAGAAAUAUUGUUCUUCCUUCAAAAGAAGUCCAAGAAAGAGAGACUGAAGAAGAAAUAGAAGUUGCUGCAACGUUCGUCUUUGUGAGCUGCCGUACCGUUCAUUUAACGUGCACAAGAUUUUGGAAAUGAGUUUUUUAAAUCAGGAAGAUAGAAUAGUAUAUGAUACAAUUCACGGUGGAAAUCUCAUUGACAUCUCCACUGCCUAGUCCUACUAAUAUUAGUCAACAUAUCCUUUUUACUUACAAUUUUGUGAAAAGAUUUGUGCUGCUCUAGAAUCAAACAUUCGAUUAUACUCAGAUAUUUGCUGAAAUAUUGUGCUUAAAGUUGUGCUUAAAAGUAGAACUAAGUAAUUCGAAUAGAAUCUAAUAAUAAGAAGAUACAUCAAAAUUACAGUGCUUUAUCCAUGGGUGAUAAAUUGUUUUCCUAGUAUUGUAAUAAUAGCUGUGUAUGAUAGUAACUAGACUAGAACUGUUAUUUGUUAUGAUUGCUCCAUUGAUGCAUGUAUUUAAAGUGUUGAUGAAUUAUUAUUAUUAUGAUUGCAGAACGUAGAAUAUUAAUCAUUCGAUUGCUGGGAUUGUAUUAAAAGCUGAAAUUAUUAGGAAAUGAUUUCAUUGAAGCGAGUUUUUUACUUUUGUAAGUAUUGUAGGUUACAUGAUAUACUCGUAUUUCAUAAAUCAUUUAGUUGUAGAAUAUUAGUGAAUCUCUUGAAAUUUUCAAGCAAUCAACUUGUAGAAUAGGGCAAGACGAACUAAGUUCUUCCAUAACUUUUUCUAUAAUUUCAACCAUCAUUGUCAGUCUUUACCACUGUAAAUUAGAACUAACCAAUUAUAAUAAAACAUGUUUGUUU